AUGCUGCUUAGGGACGAGAUGCAUGACUUGCUGUCAAGAGCUGCGCAAGACAGCUGGGAAUCAAUGAUUCAGCAAGUGGACUCAGACGAAGUCAUCGUGGGUGUCACACCGGUUACGGAUCGAAUGAAUCGUCCAGCUAGAAAUCGCAAUCGCAAAGAGUACGAAGUUGGUCAGGUACGCUGGACAUACAUCGUCGAGUCUAGUUCUGAUCCUAAUCUGAUCAACACCCGCGCUGAUCGGUUAAUCCGAACUGGAGAGGGCCUGAUGCUGGCAAAAUGGCGCCCCACAGUAGUCGUCAGUGUAGAGCCGCAACACUGCAUAGUUGCAGAAUUAGGUCGUCGACGUCGCCAAUAUUUCGACAAGCUUUCACUGAGUGACCUUCUGGGCCGUUGCGGCGUCGCUCUGGACCGCGACUACGGCGACGACUACGAUACUUUAUCAGAGGAUCAUGUUUUCUUCCGCUCUAUCGCACGACCACUCGAAAUUGGCGGCUACGAGCGUGGAGCCUUCCGACUGGAAGGCUGGAGUGUAGUGCAGCCAGGUCGUCUUCGAACUCAAGGAUUCGACAACCUCUGCGUUCCGUGCGGCUGGCUGACGGUGGAAUCGACUACGCGUUUGCUAGCAAUGCAAGCACAGUUGCCUAACUUGCGAGCGAUUGUAGAAUCGCGGUACAGCGAAGAGUUUCUGCGAAAGCCGCUUCCCUACAUGCUGGCUCCAGAGCACCGAGCCGCGCUAUCGUACAUCAAGCAUGAGUUCCGGCAACUAGUUUCUCCCUCUGUUGACAAUACUAGCACGUCCUCGGGACAGGCGACAAACCAACAGGGAGGUCGCGCAGAGAUUCGAGCGUUGUUGGAGAAGAGCCGUCAAGAUAUCGCACCACUACCGACAAGUGGGCUCACUAGCGCCAACGGUCUACCCUCGGCGUUCAUUGAGCCUUCUGAGUUUGUCUUCUCCAUUCCUGGCAACGGCCACGGUGUCUCGCCCUCUUUCAUAAUAGACAAAGCAAAAGAUGUUUCUCAUCUUCAGUGGAAGACGGCGAAGGCUGCUAGAGUUCAGAACGAGAGUCUACUUUAUAGAGCGGACAAGAAGUAUAAGGCGGUCGAAGCCAAUCCUAGGUCAUCUGCUGUGGAGCGGAAGGACCUAAAGCGCAAGCGGGACGAUGUCGAGGUGGAACUUGAAGUUGCACAAUUUCAGGAGCUGGGCUACAAGAAGCUGCACAAUGAUCUCGGAAGCUACCAGCCGAGCCAACACGGUGGCCAGGGCAGAAAUGUGAAGCUAUGCACCACUUUGACAGGCAAGUUCAACAAGGUCCAGAUUGACAGUCGCAAAGUCAAAAACCAUCGUCAACGUUAG